AUGUGCCGUCGAAAAAAAACCGUCGUUUAUUGGAUUGGUUUAGCUUUAUUUUUGGGUACGAUUGGUUUAUGUUUAAGCGCCUCCAACGAUCCCUACACAAUCCUAGGUGUACAUAAAAGAGCAUCCGUGCAGGAUAUACGCCGUGCAUAUAAACAAUUGGCUAAGGAAUGGCAUCCCGAUAAAUCGAAACAUCCUGAAGCAGAAACCAAGUUUGUGGAAAUCAAACAGGCCUACGAACUGUUAUCUGAUACGGACCGUAGGCUUGCGUACGACCAGUACGGAAUAACAAAUGAGGACGCAGUGCUGGAACGGAAUCGUCCAGACUACAGCAGCUAUGGUCGCUUUCAAGAUCCUUUUGAGCAUUUUUACGGUGCACAUAACUUCAACUUUCAUGAUCAAGAUAUAGGCUUGUACCAUCGCCUUUCCAUUACCACAAAAUACUAUGAAACGAAUAUUUUGCCGAAAAGUCGUUUGACACCGCAAAUAUUGAUGUUUUAUGCCGAUUGGUGCUUUGCAUGCAUGAAAGCGGCAAAUUCAUUUAAAAAGUUAAUUGACACACUCGAGCCGUACGGAUUGGUGUUUGCCACUGUUAAUGCUGGUCACGAAGAACAACUGGUACGGAAAGUCGGAGUGCACUCGCUGCCGUGUGUGAUUAUGGUGUUAGAUGGUCAUAAUUACGUCUACAAAGACAGUGUUUUUAACGCCCAACAUGUGGUGGAUUUUAUACGACAAAAUCUACCAUAUAAGCUGUUAAUGCCAAUAACAGACAAUACACUUGAAGCAUUUUUGGACGGAUGGGCAGAUAAUCGUGUCCGUGCUCUCAUUCUAGAACCGAGAGCUCAACCGCGAUUGCGAUAUCUCAUAAUUGCAUAUUACUUUCGUGAGCGUGUUGCAUUUGGCUUUGUUCAACUAAGCUCAAAGGAAACUGCGAACAUUCAAGCAAAGUUUAAAGCGCAUUCCAAUCUUGAUACCCUGCUUAUAUUCAAUGAAUAUCCACCUCAACCGAUCGCUACAGUUACCAUGUCGGAUAUACCAACGACCACGUUGAACAAUAUUAUAUCGCACAACAAAUACCUUAUACUUCCACGUCUUUCAUCGCAAGACAUGCUGGAUAGCGUUUGUCCUGCAGAAUGGAAUCGACCACGGAAGCGAUUGUGUGUUGUGCUAGUAACGGAAAAUACCAGCUUGCAUGACGGAGCUCGUACAGUUAUGCGUAAAAUAGCACUUGAAUCCCUCUUUAGUCGCGAACGAGUUCGUUUCGCUUAUAUAUACCAAGAAAAACAAAACGAUUUUAUCUGCGCGCUUUCGAAGCACAAUCAAUCUAAAGAAACACUAUUGCAAAUUGUCAUCUUCUGGCGUCGAGAUACCAAACAAAUUCGCUACGAGUGGGUUCAUGAAGUUGUGCUACAAGUAGAUAAAACAUUAGAAAAUGAUACACAGGAACAAUAUUUCAAUAAUACGAAACAAAAAAUGGAUACUAUUAUCCAUCGAUUGCUACGCUCUUCAGAAGCACUUAGCUAUGAAACCGAAGUGAAGGCUCUGUUAGACGAACAUGCCGAAAAUGCAGUGAUGCGAAUGUUAAAUCGUAUAUUGCUGGCAUUAGAAUACAUGGUGGACAAUUUGGGACAGGAGCACAUUCUACCAGCAAUAUCUGUUAUUGGCACAAUAGCUUUUAUUCUUAUCAUUGGCUAUUUAAUGUCAUAUCUACUUCAUUUAGAAGAGGAAGACAUUCAACUAAAGAAGAGUAAAAACGUGGACAGUUCUAACGGAAAAUCGAUGGGGUACGUGCCUGAACUUCGAUUACAUGAAUUACGAGCUGAAAAAUAUAACGGACUGGUGCGACUUCUUAAGCCCGGUUGCCGUACAAUAGUAUUACUCACCGAUUUACAAUCAAGAUCGAAAUUAAUUCCUUCAUUUCAUAAAGCGGUGUGGCCGUAUCGGAAGAACAAAACACUAAUGUUUGCCCACAUGCUAAUUGAAAAAGGUAUUGGAUGGUACGCAGAACUAUUACGUUUGUCGUUGUCAGAAUCCCGUGAGAUGAAAAUCAAUCCACGUAACUGUAUUGGUACGGUUAUAGCUUUAAAUGGACAUCGCAAAUAUUUUUGCAUGUAUCAUGCUAAGCAUCCUGAAUCGAACCGCGGAGCAAAGCGCAUGAUAAAAAUAACCCGCCAUCUAAGUUCCAUGCCAACUGAUCCCGAAGCUGGUGCAUUCCUCGGUAUGGACAGCUCUGAUUCAGAAACAUCCAUGUCGGACUUAUACGAACCAAAGAUUCUUCUUGAGGAAAACCUUCUUGAUGGUUUGCCAAACUGGCUUGAUCGCCUGUUUGAAGGGACCACACAUCGAUAUUACAUCAACUAUUGGCCGGAUUUUACCUCAAAAUGA